CCCAAGAUGGCGGCCCCCAUCUGACAUCUGAGUUCCUCUCGGACAGUCCUCUCGUCUUCUCAUUGAAGGGCGCCCGCCCUUACUCUUGUGCUCCAGCAGUGUGCGAUUGUAGAGAGAGACAAGGGCCAUGGCAGGAAGCCUCUUUGGGGGGGUAGGCAGAAGCUUGUGGGGCUGGGUGCCCGUAGCCUGUAGAAGCUUCUCUUUGGGCGUCCCUGGACUAUCCCGUGUGAGGCUCACUCUCCCACCCCGAAAAGUGGUUGAUAGGUGGAAUGAGAAGAGAGCCAUGUUUGGAGUGUAUGACAACAUUGGAAUUCUGGGAAACUUUGACAAGCACCCCAAAGAACUGAUCAGGGGCCCCAAAUGGCUUCGUGGUUGGAAGGGGAAUGAGUUGCAGCGUUGUAUCCGAAAGAAGAGGAUGGUUGGGAAUCGGAUGUUUAUCGAUGACCUGCACAACCUCAACAAGCGCAUCAGCUAUCUCUACAAACACUUUAACCGGCAUGGAAAGUACCGCUAGAACAAAAAGCUGGGAACUGGAAGUGGCACAGCUGUCAUCAUGGAUAAGGAGAACAGCACUUCUCUUUAUGAGACAAUGGAUUUGCGUGCCUUCUAUAAUAAAAUAAGGCAUUUUUGGAAUCUA